AUGCGCUCCAAUGUGCGUACUGCUCUUGAUCAAAGAUUCGGCGAAGGGGCUCGAAACUCGUCAUCUCUAGGCGGAUCUCGCAGAGAAGAGCUUCCUAUUAGUACACCCGAACCAGGGGCACUAUGCCGUGAUGACGACUUGCUUUAUGAUGCAUUCGAUUUGGAAUUGCUUGCACAGUCAGAUGAAUCAGCGAGGACUCGACAGUCUAUCUUCUCAAUUACAGACCGUCAGUUGCACACACGCGAGGUGCCCCAGAAUGGCGCCCCAGCUCUGGUCUCUCGAUAUUUUUGCGAAACACCUCAUAUCACACCGCAUCAAAGUGUGGCAUCUGGUUCCUCAGACCUUGAAAUAAGGUCACCUUCUAGUCCCUUGCUCAGGCUACAGGCUGAGAGAACCCGGCCUUACGUGACACAAGAUAGCGAUUCAAAAGGGUGCCACCAUGAUCACCAGCUCCGGCUUGAACAAUUCGAAGAAUCACACGCUGCUGCGAUUCUAGAACAAAGGACGCUGUUCCAGGACAUGCCCGUGUCAGUUCGAGGAAUCGUUCUUGUGUCUGUACAUGAGCUCCCUGAUAAAUAUCGGUCGCUGUUCUCUUUUCCUGCCUUUAACGCGAUACAAUCCAAAUGCUUCCAGCCUGUUUACAAAAGGGACGACAACAUUGUGCUUGCUGCUCCUACUGGAAGUGGCAAAACAGUUGUCAUGGAGUUGGCCAUAUGUCGUUUACUUAAUAAUCUGAAAGACGAGAGGUUCAAGGUCAUUUAUCAAGCACCCACUAAGUCACUUUGCUCAGAAAGGUUCCGUGACUGGAGCAGGAAGUUCCACUCACUAGGUCUUCAAUGUGCUGAGUUGACCGGUGACACUGAUUACUCACAGAUGAGGAGCGUCCAAAAUAGCCAGAUAAUUAUAACGACGCCGGAAAAAUGGGAUAGCGUAACACGGAAAUGGAAGGAUCACGCACGUUUGAUGCAGCUGGUGAAACUCUUCUUAAUUGAUGAAGUUCAUAUUCUCAAAGAGUCUCGCGGAGCAACAUUAGAAGCUGUUGUAUCACGCAUGAAGACGAUCGGGUCCAAUGUACGAUUUGUUGCACUAAGCGCUACCAUCCCAAAUUCUGAGGAUAUAGCAACAUGGCUCGGCAAGGAUGUGACGAACCAGCAUGUUCCAGCACACAGGGAGCAUUUUGGUGAGGAGUUUCGUCCCGUUAGGCUGCAGAGGUUUGUGUGCGGCUAUCAGUCCCAGGGAAAUGACUUCGCAUUCGAUAAGAUGUGUAAUUCGAAACUUCCUGAUAUACUUGCGAUAUAUUCUUGCAGGAAACCAAUUAUGAUCUUCUGCUGCACGAGGAACUCAUCUGUGGCUACGGCAAAGGAACUUGCUCGACUGUGGUCAAUGUCCAACCCUCCAGCUCGGUUAUGGAAAGGACCAAGCACAUCAUUCGAAUUCAAUAAUGUAGACUUAAAAACUACGAGUGCUGCAGGUGUCGCCUUUCAUCACGCUGGCCUCGGUCCCGGAGACAGACAGACAAUCGAAAAUGGUUUCUUACAAGGUCAAAUUAACAUAAUAUGCUGCACAUCCACUCUUGCAGUUGGUGUGAACCUCCCAUGUCACCUUGUGAUUAUCAAAAACACCGUCGGAUGGCUGGACGGUGGCUGCAAAGAAUAUUCGGACCUCGAGAUUAUGCAGAUGCUUGGUCGUGCCGGGAGACCUCAGUUUGACAAAGACGCAGUCGCCGUUAUCUUAACGAGAAAAGAACGAGUUGGCUACUAUGAACGUCUCGUCUCAGGCUCUGAAUGCCUUGAAAGCUGUUUACAUUUGAACUUAAUUGACCACCUGAACGCUGAGAUUGGGUUAGGCAAUGUCACCAGUGUUGAAUCUGCUAUCAGAUGGCUUGCUGGCACCUUUUUAUCCGUGAGGCUCAGACGAAACCCAACACAUUAUCAGCUAAGGGAAGGCGCCGAUAGGAAAGAUGAAGACGAGAUGCUUCGCCAGAUCUGUGAGAAAGACAUCAGACUUCUCCAAGAGAGUAACUUAACCUCCACUGAACGCCUUAGGUCCACGCAAUUUGGUGAUGCAAUGGCACGUUAUUACGUGCGGUUCGAGACGAUGAAGACCUUCCUCACGUUAAAGCAUCACGCCACUAUGUCUCAAAUUCUCUCCGUGAUCUCUCAGGCAGAAGAGUUCCGUGAUGUCCGUCUCAAGGCAGGAGAGAAGUCGCUGUACAAAGAGAUCAACCGUGAAACUGGUAUAAUGUUUCCGGUAAAAGUGGAUAUAGCACUUCCUGCUCAUAAAACAUCACUACUCAUCCAGUCUGAGCUGGGUGUGGUGGAAUUUCCAGAUGACGAACAAUAUCAAAAACACAAGUUUGCGUUCCAGCAAGACAGAGGUUUCGUAUUUUCACACGUUAAUCGCCUUAUUCGAUGCAUCAUAGACUGUCAGAUUGCUCGCCAGGAUUCAAUUGCUACCAGAAACGCCUUGGAACUUGCAAGGAGUUUUGGAGCCAAAGUGUGGGAUAGAUCCCCAUUUCAGAUGAAGCAACUUGAGCAAAUCGGUGUUGUCGCGGUUAGAAAAUUAGCAGCUGCAGGAAUAACCAGCAUUGAAGCUCUAGAGUGCGCAGAGCCUCAUCAGAUUGACAUGAUCUUGAGCAAGAACCCUCCCUUUGGGUUGAAACUUCUAGGGCGUCUUUCCGAGUUCCCUAAGUUACGCGUGUCUGCCAAGGAGACAAAACACGGUAAUCCCAUGAGAGUUCAUUUCAAAGCCGAGGUUGCAUUUAUGAAUGAAAAAUGCCCAGCAACUUUCCAGAGGCGCCCUGUACAUGUCUGUUUCCUAGCGGAAACCUCUGACGGAUUGAUGAUCGAUUUCCGGCGUAUGAGUGCCAGUAAGGUCCAAAGUAGCCAGGAGAUACAUUUGAACCUAGAAAUGAAUAGCCCAGAUCAGUACAUCACGUGCUAUGCUAUGUGUGAUGACAUUGCCGGGACUUUGAUAUCAGCAGAAUUGAGGCCCAUCCUCCCAGCUUCGUUGUUUUCCUUUCGUUCUAGUAAGGAGUCAGAUGAGACGAACCAAAGGCACAUGAUGAAUCUGCCACGGCCACGUAGCAACACGUCUUUGCGGGUCAAACCCAAUAAAGAAUGCAAUCCAGAUAGCUUCGGCAGUGAUGACUCGCUUUUCAAUGACUUUUUGGAAGCUGACAAAGCCACAGAUUGGGCAGCUAUGAAUUACAUAGCAUGCCCAGCGAGUGAGAAUAUGCCACAGGAAAAGACGAGCAAGAAGAUCAAAAGAUCCAAGGAGGUGAAGGAUGUACACAAAGCAGAAGAGCCAACCCAGUUUGGAAAUGGUAGAUGGAGCUGCAACCAUAAGUGCAAGGACAAAACAAUGUGUAAGCACCUUUGUUGUCGGGAAGGGCUUGUGAAACCACCAAGGGUGAACAGAAAGCACUCUGCUGGAGGGAUUGACCGCUCAAAUGGACUCAAUCAAUUGACAUUAUCUGCAAGUAUCCCCAAGAAUAGCACGCAGAUGGAUAAUCUCGGUAAAACAUGGGUUCAAAAGGAUAAUACGAAUGACAAUGGGCCACAAGAAAUGCCACAAAGCUCCUCACAAGAACCAAACAUAAGUUUGAGAGAUGCUGCUUCCGAAGGCCCAAUAUGUCCUGGCGUUAACAAUAAGGACUCAUCGAGCGACUAUGGAGAUGACAGCUUCAGUGAUUUACCUUCACCAUCUGAUUUGCACUUUGGCAGCAUCACUAAAUUGACAGACCGAAGUGCUCAGACUGCCAGCAAAGAGCUCUCCUUAGAUAAGAUUGUCAGAACAAAAGACGAAUGGAUUUACACAGAUGAGCCAUGGCUUACACUACCGUCCUCGCUUCCUGAUCCGCUUGUGCAUGACAAAAAUGCAAUGUCUACCAAGAUUGCAGGGACAUCCAGGGAAUCUGUGCUUGGACCAAAGGCAUGGAGUUUGAAUGGUAGUCAAGGAGCCAAAAAUGACAACCAAACCACUAUUGAGACGAAUGAAAUUGAAUAUAUUGGGAAAAAACGAAGGCGCUCUUUGACUUCUGGGGACAACACCCACGGCAAGAGAAUCACGAAAAGACAUAUAGAUGACCAAGCUGCUGAGGCUUCUGCAAGUCCAAGUCAAUAUCACGGUGCUGACACAUUGAGUGGCUACAACCAGAAUCCUCAGCCUUAUGAACCCGCUGAUCUACCCGCCAUCUGGGAUGAUAUCGAUCCAACCCUGUUGGACGAGUUCAAAGACAUUGUUAACUUCUUCUAG